AUGGGCGUCGAUUACUAUAACAUACUCAGGUUAUCGAGGAACGCGACGGAGGAGGACGUGAAGAAGUCGUACAAGCGGCUGGCCAUGAAGUGGCACCCGGACAAGAACGCCGUGAACGCGGCGGAGGCCGAGGCGAAGUUCAAGCAGAUUAGCGAGGCCUACGACGUCCUGGGCCACCCCGAGAAGCGGCAGAUCUACGAUCUGUACGGCGAGGAGGGGCUCAAGUCCGGCAUGUACCCGCCGCCGGGGUCCAAGGACAGGGAUUUCGGCGGCGGAGGGGGCGGGAGGGGGUUUAGCUUGGAGGAGCUGUAUAAGGGGUCGAGGAGGAAGAUGAAGAUAUCCAGAGUUGUACUUGAUGCUUCAGGCAAGCUAACCACUGUCGAGGAAGUAUUGGCCAUACACAUCAAGCCCGGCUGGAAAAAGGGCACGAAGAUCACAUUUCCCGAUAAGGGCAACCAAAAGGACGGUUUUGCCCCUGGGGACCUUAUUUUCAUCGUGGAAGAAAAGCCACAUCCCGUUUACAGAAGGGAUGGCAAUGAUCUAAUAACCCAUCAAAGAAUAUCUCUGCUCGAUGCCCUCACGGGAAAGACACUGAACAUCACGACUUUAGAUGGUCGCAAUUUAACCGUGCAAGUGGCAGAUAUCGUCAAGCCCGGAUAUGAAAUGUUGAUACCAAAUGAAGGGAUGCCGAUUUCGAAAGAGCCCGGUAAAAACGGUGAUUUGAGGAUUAAGUUUGAUAUUAAGUUCCCGUCGAGGCUUAGUUCCGAGCAAAAAUCGGACUUGAGGAGGGUUCUCGGGAGGUCGAGUGGUUAA